GGGAGGAGCCGGCGCCGGCGCAUGCGCGGUGUGGCCGGUGAAGGCGACGCGGAACGGAAAGGGAAAAGGGACAAGGAAAUGUGGGACGGGGAAGUGGCGCCGGGCAGCGAGCGGGGAGCUCCGCAUCCAGGGCAGGAGGCGCCGGCUCUGAAGGGCGGGAAGAAAGAGGAGGAGAAGGAAGAGGAGAAGCUGGAGCGGGAGCACUUCCGCAGGAUCAUCAACGCCUUCCGUUACUACGGAAUUAACAUGCAUGAAAGAGUGAACCGUGCAGAAAGACAAUUCAGAUCUCUUCCAGCCGCUCAGCAGAAAUUGCUCCCUCAGUUUCUUCCUCACCUUGACAAGAUUCGGAAAUGCAUUGACCACAAUCAAGGGAUCUUGCAGACAAUUGUGAACGACUGCACAAACAUGUUUGAAAAUAAAGAAUAUGGUGAUGAUGGUAACAGAAGGAUUACUCCAGCCUCGACAUUUGACAUGGAUAAAUUAAAGUCCACUUUGAAACAAUUUGUAAGAGAUUGGAGUGAAACUGGAAAACCUGAGAGAGAUUCCUGCUAUCAGCCAAUCAUCAAUGAAAUUGUAAAGAACUUUCCAAAAGACAGAUGGGAUCUCUCCAAAGUUAAUAUCCUGGUACCUGGUGCUGGACUAGGUAGAUUGGCCUGGGAAAUAGCUAUGCUUGGUUAUACUUGCCAAGGAAAUGAAUGGAGCCUCUUUAUGCUCUUUUCUUCUAAUUUUGUACUGAACAGAUGCUGUGAAACCAAUUCAUACAAGCUAUAUCCCUGGAUUCAUCAAUUUAGCAAUAACAAAAGAUCUGCUGAUCAGAUACAGCCAAUUUAUUUCCCUGAUGUUGAUCCUCACAGUCUUCCUCCUGGUGCAAAUUUUUCUAUGACAGCAGGCGAUUUUCAAGAAAUCUACUCAGAGUGUAAUAUAUGGGAUUGUAUAGCAACCUGUUUCUUCAUAGAUACAGCACAUAAUGUCAUAGAUUACAUCGAUACAAUAUGGAAAAUACUCAAACCAGGAGGAAUAUGGAUCAAUUUAGGUCCUCUGCUGUACCACUUUGAAAAUUUAGCAAAUGAAUUAUCUAUUGAGUUAAGCUAUGAAGACAUAAAAAAUGUAAUGUUGCAAUAUGGAUUCCAUAUAGAGGUGGAGAAUGAAUCUGUUUUGACAACAUAUACUGUGAAUGAGCUGUCUAUGAUGAAAUACUACUAUGAAUGUGUGAUGUUUGUGGUUAGAAAACCAGAGAGUUGUAUAUGAAAUGGAUUAUCUAAAGGAAAGAAUGCUGGCAUUUUUGUUAGCACAGAAUUGUCUGUGAUGACUGAAACCAACCUCAUAUUGGCAGUGCCUUCUUUUUCCUCAGAAUAGCCCUUUCUGUUUUCUAAAUGUGAUCAGAUACAUACUUCUGAAUAUUAUGAAUGUACAGGGCAAAUAUUCCCAUAUCUUUUCAUUACAUUCUGAUUAAUCAGUUUUUCCUGAGCAAGCAGAUACUUUUGAUAUGCCAUUACAGACAUUUAUUGUAGUUUACAAAACCGUAUACUUCCACAUUUCUCUGAAAGAAUACUUAACACCAUGUUGGAUCCCAAUCAACAGAAAUACAAAACAAAGUAUCAUCCUAACGUAUUUCCCAGUAGAUAAGACCCCCACAUCCUGUAGUUUGGGUUAUGCUCCUUGCACUCACUCCAAUAGGUAGGAAGUAACAAAGAGAUACCUUCUGGUGAACCCACGUGGGUGGUGCUAACCCUAGAAGGCCAGUCUUGUCCUGCCUAUCACUCCAGUAGGAUGUGCCUGUCACUCCAGUAGGAUGUGUUUGCUGUUGCCUAUAAACUAUGGUCUGUGACGACACUUUUGGUUAUACCAUACUGAAGAUCGGAGCAGUAAUUUGAAACACUGAGAUAUGUCUGUAGUCAUUAAAAACUAGAACCUAUCCGCUAAUUCUGGUACCUGUAGAGUACAAUACCUACCCCUGAAUAUGUUUCCACAAAGUGAUAUCUGCAAGAUAAUGUUUUCAUUAUUUUGACAUUACACUGUACUAUAAUUCAGCACAUGCUGAUGAUCUCAAAAGCACUUCACUCUGGUGGGGUUGACCUGUGGUCUUAAGGAGUAUUUUUUAAACAAAAUCACACAAACCC